GGCUGGUUGUGUGUGCCUCGGGCUUAGGCUUGCCCCACCCCGUACUGGUGCGAUACACGGAAGGACACCUGCUGUAGAGGUGCUCCAGGGUCUGGGAAGAACCCCGAGCCCCAAGACUAGCAUGAUCUCCAGCAGGGAUGGGGCAUCGGCUGGGUUUGGAGGGUUCCUCACCCUUUGCAGUGCUGGGGUCUGCCCUCUUGCCUUCUGUGCUUCAGAGUAAGGCAGCAGUGAGUACCUGGAGCCUACCCAGCUGUUGUGGACAUGGGUAGCUGUUUCCCCUUGCAGAUCUAUGUCUGCUCUCCAGCAGUGUGUUGUGUCCAUCUGUUCUUGCUUCUCCUGUUGAAUUUCUUAAAUGGGGUCACCCACACAGGUUAUCAACCAUGGACAGGGUCAUUCCAGGGAAACGUGACCUGGGCCCUGCUUGCCACGUUGGCACUGCAGAAGUUUGUGGCCAAAGGGCACUUGUCAGUGCUUGCCAGGGCUGCCCUGGUGUCAGCCUGUAACAGAGGGACUGAAGAUGCCAUCUCUUCUCAGCCAAGUGGGGCAUGAAGAUCCACCCACUGCCCUUUGGUGGGGAAAUGCCUUGGCUGGGCCACCUCUGGAGCUGUGCAAAGCAGCGUACCUUCCUCAGGAGGGACACAAAUGGGCUGAGCACUCUUGCUCCAGGUCCAGAUGUUCCUUCCCUGCCGCCAGCCUCAGUGCUGAUGUCCAAAUGGCCUGGUCUCCACCCCUGCUUGGCAGUGGCGUGGUGCUGCAGGGGUUGAUCUCCACUGCCAUUGCAAAGCAUAGCUCUCCUUAUCUUGCCACCUUCCAAGCUAAUGAUGACAGCUGGCACAGGCCACAGAUAAAGGUACAAUUGCUGCCAAGCAGUAAAUCAUCUGCUGCCCUGCACUGCUCCACUGGCCAGGCCUUGACUGCCUUGGCUGGGCAGUGGGAGUGAGAAGAGCUUUGCUUGCCUUGUUUUCCCUUCGCAGAGCUUCCUGCCUCUGCCAGCUCACCCCUUGUAGACUCUUUCCGUGACUCCUUUCUUCACUGGUCUCCUGGGAGGAAGUGACACAGCCCUGGGGGCUCUGUGCAUAAUUUUGCAUCAGAAUGCCAGCUGAGGAGGUAGAGGAGGGGGGACCUCUGCCCCCCUGGGUUGCCUUCACUCUCCCUCCUUGCAUGUGGCUUUCCAAUACUGAUUUUUGGGCUAGGUAGGGAUCAGCUCCAACAUUUGUCUGGGGUCACAGAGUGAAUCUCAGCUACUGAUACCAUUUGCCAGCUUGGGCAGGGCCUAAGCAGUGCCAGGCCUCAUGUUCCUUUCCCAGCGCAUUUCAUCUCCAUCCUCUCUCCAAUGGGAAAAAGGUGGCUUCCAGGUUUCUCUCACCUUCUUGUGUCAGCAGCAUGUUGCACAGCAGCCACAGCCCCAUCUACCUGUGGACAGCAUGGAGGAGCAGGGUCUGCCUCUUGGCACCAUGGCCCCCACCUCAGCAGGCUGGGACAGGGCUGGCUAAUUCCCUGUUUGUCCCCGAACCGCAGGUCAGAGUGCCAGACAAGAGGGGCUGUGUGUCUCUGCUCCCUGCCCGGGGCCUGCCCUGCCCUCCGCCGGCGAUGGAGUAUGUGGAUAUGAACAAACUGAGCUGUGGGAAGAAGACGCGGGUGGAAGGUGGCCAGCUGGGGGGUGAUGAAUGGACCCGCCAUGGCAGCUUUGUCAAUAAGCCCACCCGUGGCUGGCUGCAUCCUGAUGACAAGGUCAUGGGCUCUGGGGUCUCCUACCACGUCCGGUACAUGGGCUGUGUGGAAGUGCUCCAGUCCAUGCGGGCUCUGGAUUUCAACACCAGGACACAGGUGACCAGGGAGGCCAUUGGGCUGGUAUGUGAGGCUGUGCCUGGUGCCAAGGGAGCCAUGAGGAGAAGGAAGCCCUGCAGCCGCUCCCUGAACUCCAUCCUGGGCAAGAGCAACCUGAAGUUUGCAGGCAUGCCCAUCACCCUGACCAUCUCCACCAGCAGCCUCAACCUCAUGGCCUCAGACUGCAAGCAGAUCAUCGCCAACCACCACAUGCAGUCUAUAUCCUUCGCAUCAGGGGGAGACCCGGACACAGCUGAGUAUGUUGCCUAUGUUGCCAAAGACCCCGUCAAUCAGAGAGCCUGCCAUAUCCUGGAGUGUCCUGAAGGCUUGGCACAGGAUGUGAUCAGCACCAUAGGGCAGGCCUUUGAGCUGCGCUUCAAGCAGUACCUGAAGAAUCCUCCAAAGCUGGUGACGCCCCACGACAGGAUGGCAGGGUUUGAUGGCUCUGCCUGGGAUGAAGAAGAGGAGGAACCAGCCCCAGAUCACCAGUACUACAACGACUUCCCUGGCAAGGAACCUCCCAUUGGGGGGGUCUUGGACAUGCGGCUGCAGGAUGGGGCUGCUCAGACCCCAAAUCACUUGGGUGCCACACUGCCUGUCGGCCAGUCAUCCAGUGGCGACUAUGACCCCCAGAAGCAGCAUGCUCCUGCCCAAGCAGGGAGAGAGAAAUACCCAGCUCCGGCAGGCACAUCUGGCCGCAUGGACCUGUUUGAUGACCCGUCUUACGUCAACGUGCAGAACAUAGACAAGACACGUCAAGCUUCAGCUGCUGGCACCCCAGCCACAGCCAAUGGCAGCACACAGAGGGACCUUUUUGACAUGAAGCCCUUUGAAGAUGCCCUGCGUGUGCCCUCAUCUGUGCCUGUAGGGCUGCCCCCCGCCCAGGUGAUGGCCUCCAUGGAGGAGCAGCUGAGACGGGAGCACUGGUACCAUGGGAAAAUGAGCCGCAAGGAGGCUGAGAAGCUGCUGAAGGUGAAUGGAGACUUUCUGGUGCGGGAGAGCACCACCACCCCAGGCCAGUACGUGCUGACUGGCUUGCAGGGUGGGCAGCCCAAGCAUUUGCUGCUCGUCGAUCCUGAGGGAGUGGUGCGGACAAAAGAUCAUCGCUUUGAGAGCGUCAGCCACCUCAUCAGCUACCACAUGGACAAUCACCUACCCAUCAUCUCGGCCGGCAGUGAGAUGUGCCUGCAGCAGCCAGUGGAGAGGAGACUGUGAGCGUCUGGGGACCCCAGUGCACAGCACCCCCAAUGCACAGCCCUCUGGCCAUGUUACAUGCUCCAAGGAGCACUCAGACUCUUCUAGGUGCUCCACCUAGGUGCACCAUCCUGAACAUGGACUUGGCUGAGAACAGGGCUCUCCUUCCACCACAUGGAGUUGGUGGCCAUGGGGAGGCUCAGGCUGUGAGUGCCUGCAGGGUGGGGAACUGUUCUUGUGAAGCCCCUGCCCCUCCAGCUCCAGCCUUUGCUCCUACCAAAACCCAGUCCUGCUGUUGUGCCACAGCCAUUCUUGUGCUCACCAGCAUGGGCUUAGGACUGGCAGGGCUGAGCCCCCUUGAGCCAGAGGCAGCCUGUCUUUAUCUCUGGCCCCUGGGCCAAGAAAGGGGCCCAUGGGGGGCUCUGCUCCUCCAAGCACGAGGCCCUCGACUGUAGCCAGAUCACUUUACGUGUUAACUCUGUGCCUUGACCCCGCAGGUCCCACACUCUUAUGCAAGAGCAGGGGCUGGUUACAGAGCCUCCCCCAUGCUCCGACCACCCUGUACCCCAUCCGUGACAUGCUUGUGCUCCAGUACAUCCACCACCGCGUCCCUUUCCUCCCUGCCCGUCUCGGCCGGGCACGGGCAACUCUGGCAGCCCGGGGUGUUGGUGGGAGGGACCUCCCCUGCAUGCACAGUGUAACUCCCCCCAAGCCAAAGCGUAGCCCCGCCCCUCGCAGGCCCCUGGCCCCGUUAUACCAAAGGAACUGGCGGUUGUAUUAAAGUUGGUAUUUCUCUAG